AUGACGGCCGCGAUUUCUCAACAGACCGUCACGGUCAAGGAUGCAGCUACUGCCCGCAAGCGCAGAAGACGUGCACCUGCCGGCGGUGCUGCUGACGACUGCUUCACCUGCAUCAAGCGCAAUGUCAAAUGCGACCGUCGCCGCCCAUACUGCUCCCAAUGUCUCGAGGUUAGCAACGAAUGCUCCGGAUACAAGACUCGCCUUACUUGGGGUGUUGGUGUUGCCAGCCGUGGAAAGCUCCGAGGACUGUCUCUGCCUAUCGCAAAGGCCCCUCCCGUAUCCCGCGAAACCAAGAAGUCACCCAGCAGUCGGUCAAGGGAGCUGCAGACCACAGGCUCGGUCAUCAAUGUUUCUCCAAUCCAGAGCCAUAACCAUAGCCAUAGCCACAGCCACGGCGCCAUGAACAUGCAUGCCCAUGCUCAGAUGCACAGCUCUGCGAUGCACUGGCCGGAGCACGAUGACGCAAGACGGCAUGCCCAUGCCCAGAUGCAGCCCGUGAGAUCACCAAUCGAUAUCCCGCCUGUGUCUCAGCCCGGUGUUGCUUCCGCGCCUGCCACUCCCUAUGGACUGCCUAGCUAUGAUUAUCUCUCCAUGUCUCACAGCGAAGAGCCCACAAUGCAUCACCACGGCAGCUGGAACAAUGUUGGCUACUCCACGGGAAUGGUCAACUCUCCAGAGCAGCACCAGCCCAAGUACUCCAAAUUCCCACUCCCCCUCGUCACAGAGGGACUUUCGUCCUCGGUCAGCUCCGUCAAUAGUGAUGUGGACUACAUGUCUCCUAUGAGCCAGUCCUACCACAGAGAUGAAGUGCCCUUCAUCAACAGCCCGACACUUCUGUACGAUCACUACAGCACUCACCAGAGCUCACCAGUUCCACAAAGCCCUCCCUCGGCCAUCGUCAUGGACCACUCCCGUGCUCCCACCUCAUGCCCAGGGCUCGUGUACACCCCAUCUGAGCCCGGCUCCCUCCCAAGCACACACCCAUUGGAUGUCUUUGAGACACAAAUCAGCCACAAGAUGAUGCGAGAGUGCGACAACCUCAAUGCCCGUGAUGCGAGCAUGAACAAGAGUGUCCACGGCUCAAUGGGACCUCCGCCGCGGUCUUGGCAUCAAAAGGGGCAUCCCGUGGCGCAUUUCCAAAGUCAACUUCCAUUCUCCGGAUGGAAAUGCGCGAGUGGGCGUCCCGGAGAGGCCAGUCAAGAAUUGACAUCUCGAAUGCCAUUCUUCAUGGACUACUAUACGACUACGCUGUGCCCUGCUAUGGUAUUUAUUGAUGGGCCAGGAAACCCUUUUCGGGAUGUUAUUUUGGAUUUGGCAAGGGGCAGUCCCAGUUUACAACACGCAAUUUGUGCCUUCUCCGCCUGCAAUUUACGGAUGAAGCGAAAGCUCAGUCUCGGGCUUGAUGCGAAGCAGCUCUCUCUAGCACUCAUUGCCGACAAGAAGUCAGCAGAAGCUGUAGCUGAUGUGGACAUCGACGAUCCAGCUUUGUCAGAGGAGUACCAGCAUCGCAACUUGGCAGUGUACCUUCUCAAUCAGCAAUUAAACGACCCUUCCAGAUGUGGACAUGAUUCAGUCGUUGCUACCAUCCUACUUCUGUGCCAUUAUCGCAUGAUGGAGUCUGGCGUUGCAAAGUUUCAAAUUCAGUUUGCUGGGAUUCAGAAGAUCCUCUCUAUGAGAAAGAACCCGAGCGACACCUCGAAUUCCGAACCGUCUUGGAUGCAACGUCUCUUCACUCACUUUGACGCGAUUUCCGCAAGUGUAAAUGACCGUGAGGCCCAGCUGCCCACUGACAUGGGUGUUGUUGAGAACUUGGUGGGCUGUGACCACAGACUGCUCCACACCAUCCGAAAGCUGGGGCGCAUCAAUCUCUUGUCUCAGAAACGGCCGGUGCGGAAUCCAGGGGAACAGACCGGGCAUUCCGUCUUCUGGGUUGAAUGGCAGGAGGCAAGGCAAUCUCUUCAGACUUGGCAAUUCAAUGCCGGUGCUACUGUCGCGAACCUACCAAGCCCACCGAGCUUGGCGCAAACUCGCGACCUGAGGGCACUUUCCGAAGCUUUUCGAUACGCCGCCCUGCUCUACCUGGAACGAUUGGCUAAUCCGGACUUACCGUCGCGGCACAGCAACUUUCAACAGCUAGUUACCCAAGUUGUUCACUACGCCACGGACAUGGGGGCCAAUAGCUCUGCCGAAAAGUUCCUCCUUUGGCCACUUUUUGUGGUCGGAUCUGAAUGUGUGGAUCAAUUCCAGCAAAGUAUUAUCCGAACCAGGUGCUUGGAUAUGAUGUCCCGCUCGGGAUAUAUGGACAAUCUUUCUGCGCUUGAAAUCCUGGAAAAGCUAUGGGCCACGGGCAUGGAUGGCUCUCAGACCGGCACACCAGACGGCAAAUCAUCUUCUCGCAGCCCCUUCAACUGGGCAAGUUGUCUCGGAGGCCCAGGCGUUGAUGUGGAAUGGAUCAUGUUCUGA